AUGCCACCUGCAUUUACCUACCACGCUAAGGCCCAGUCCACAUUUAAGCCCCCGCUUAUUGCGAACGAGAAUGCCUUCCUAGGCGAUGUCAUCUCGAGUGACAAAGACAAUGCCGAAAAGCCCAUCUCCUGUGGAUUUUAUCGCCUGGAAAAGGGCACCCCACUCGUGUACACCUAUACCUAUGAUGAGAUGAAGAUCAUCUUGGAAGGACAUUUCGUGAUCUCUGAUGAGACAGGGCAGAAGGUGACCGCGACUCCGGGGGAUGUGUUUUAUUUCCCCAAGGGAGCCAAAAUUACCUUCACAACCGAAGAUUAUGGGCUAGCGUUCUACACGGGCCAACGAGCCGAGGGAGCGGCGUGA